CCAACUACAGUAACCCUCGCUGCGCAUGCGCGCGAGGGUUAAACGUGAAACCGGAAGUAUCUGCACGAAGCAAAGCCGGCGCGGAGCAGCACUUGAAAGGAUUCUGAAGCAAACAAGCAUAUAAUACAGCAGCUAUAUAGCAGCCCUGCAGUUGAGCCUCUCAGCAGCAAAGUUGUGACGGUGGGGAAGCCAUGAAGCUAACACUGGUCUUUUGUGGCCUGCUCUGUGCAGUAACAGCGAUCCCGGGCAUGCCUUCUACAGACCCGUCUGCAUAUGACUUGCGCUACAGAAUACCGACCGGGUGUGAUCCUACGACGGACUGUACCUAUUUCGUGGGUCUGGAAGUGAACGCGAAUAACCCCAGCUACCUCGAUGUGUUUCUCACUGCACCUGUGGCUGGCUGGGUCGCCGUGGGCUUUUCACCCACUCCCAGUAUGCCCGAUAGUGAUGUCUUUGGCUGCAUUGUCCGGGACUCUGAGGUAGAGGCAAUUGACACGUACAACGUCCCCACAGGCGCAAGAAACAAUCGUUUGGAUCCCGAGCAAGGUGAUAUAGUAUUUAGCACUGGAACUCUGGAGAAUGGAAGGAUCACUUGCACCUUCAGUCGACUCAUAGCAGGCGAUCAGGCCCCCUCAGUUGACCGGAAUCUCAACAACAGCUUCUUCCUCCUCUCUGGGUUUAACAUCAAUGGAAGAACUGCUGAAAAUGCUGGCUUCAGCGUGCAUAGGUUUACGCCAGGUGACCUGCCAAGAGCCCUUGCCACAGAGAUGGUCAAUCCAGUGAUGGCGGAGGGCGAGCUGCCUCUCAUGAUGGAACCAACUGAUGAGUGUCCCACUGAUGUUCCCUCUCCUGUCAUAGAUCCUCAAGACUACAGACUGAGGCGCAGAGACCCAGCAGGGUGCGACCCACAGGACUGUGAUUUUUUCAUGGGCAUCAACAACAAUACCAACCCUGAGUACCUGGAUUUCUACAUGACUGCAGACAUUGGUGGCUGGGUGGCAGUUGGAUUCUCUCCCUCUGCCAACAUGGUAAGUGUGCCGCAGCACAUGUACUAGGACAACCCCUCAUGUACCUGGCACAGCCUACAUACAUUAAUACAUGUCCGCAGCAGUUGAUCAUAACAGCAGACAAUGUUUUGCCUUUUCAUCUCUACAUGUACCACCACAUCCCUGUUGUUUCCCUCUUGACCUCUGACCCCGAAUCUGACACUGCAUCCUGUGUGGUAUAUACUACUAGUCCUCCACUGCUAAAAUUGUAUUAUCUCACCCGAACUAGGUGAAAGGUUUGAUGCAGAUGUGGUUGGCUGUAAUGUCGACUCAACCAAUGGUGAUGUGGCUGUCGUUGACACCAGUAAUCCUGUAAGUGGCAGAGCCAACAAUCUCGACAUCACCCGAGAUGUUUGUAGACACUCAUCCAGUUUUGUUAACGGACGGAUCACUUGCAUAUUCAGCAGGAAGGUCGUAGGCACUGAUGCUACUCCUAUGGACAGACCUCUAAACUCCGACUAUUACUUUCUCUUUGGAGUUGGGAGAUCUGGAGGAGGAAGUGGCUGUUUCCCUAACCACCAGCCCCUCAUUCCUCCCAUCAGUGGCAGUCAGUUCAACCCUCUCAAAGACUCGGGGGGCAUUGCAAGCACAUCUCGCUCACUCUAUAAUGCACAGUGGCAGCAGUUGGUACAUGCUCUCUGCUUGCUGUGUCAGCUUUUCCAUCUGGCCGUCACCGUUUGGUAGCUGGCUGCUGAUCGCUUCAAACAGUUCCAUGACUAAACCAAAUUCCUUGGUCCCUCCUGUGGUCUGAUAGAUUUGGUCUCUAUGUACCUUUUGCUCUAUGGUUGUCACGUUGCAGCCUGUCUGGCAGGCAUAUAAGUUAC